AAGGCAGUGCCGGGAGCGUGGGCGUGGGGUGGGUCGUGCCCGAUGGUCUCUGCCGCUAAUGCCGUGUCUCUGCCGCUGCGCAGGAGUCCCGGCGGGUAUAAUUCACCUACCGCCGGCUUCAGCAGGAAAGAGGCUAAUCCCAUUGCGCCAUUUACCGGGCCCGCCGCGGGUUAGGUGAGGCGGAGGUGUGCGCCCCGGGCCUGGGCCGUGGGCCGUGCCCCUGCCCGGCUGGCCCCCCGCAGGAUGUCCGUAACAGAUCAAGCCUUUGUGACCCUUGCUACCAAUGACGUGUACUGUCAAGGAGCUCUGGUUCUCGGACAGUCGUUGAGGAACCAUACGACAUCUAGAAAACUGGCAGUACUAAUUACACCAGUGGUUUCCAGUGGGAUGAGGUCUGUCCUCCGCAGUGUGUUUGAUGAAGUAAUUGAAGUGGAUGCACUUGACAGUGCUGACUCAGUCCGUUUGGCUCUGAUGCAGAGGCCAGAACUGGGUGUAACCUUCACUAAACUUCACUGUUGGACUCUUACUCAUUAUAGCAAAUGUGUCUUCAUGGAUGCGGACACUUUGGUGCUUUGCAACGUUGAUGAAUUGUUUGAUCGAGAAGAGUUCUCAGCAGCUCCUGAUUCUGGCUGGCCUGACUGCUUUAAUAGUGGUGUAUUUGUGUUCCGACCUUCUUUGAAAACUUACGAUCUACUGCUCCGGUUUGCUGCUGAACAUGGCAGCUUUGAUGGAGGUGAUCAAGGCUUGUUGAAUAGCUUCUUCAGCAACUGGGCAACAGCAGAUAUUGGCAAACACUUACCUUUCCUCUAUAACUUAAGCAGCAAUGCUGUAUACACCUAUGUUCCUGCUUUCAAUCAUUUUGGUAGAGAUGCCAAAGUUGUUCACUUCUUGGGAGCGACAAAGCCCUGGAACUACAAAUAUAACCUUCAAACAAAAAGAGUUAUGCAGGAUGGCACCACCUCUGGAUCUUUUCAUCAACUGUCAUUUCUUGCCCUCUGGUGGAAUAUAUACAGCGCCAGUAUAUUGCCUUUGUUAGAAAAACUUCAAAAGAUGGAAGAAUCGGAAUCUGAGGAAUGCAAGCACACUUUCAAUGGAGUUGAAAUUACACUGAAAAAGGUCAGUCCUCCUGUGGCCAAUUCGCUGCAAACGCCUGUGCUUCCAGAGCAGACACACGAAACACAGCCCACAGCUUCUUCACCCGAGGAACUCACUUUCGAAGCUUGGCUGUAUUUUAGCAACCUGUAUGUGAAGUUGAAAAAAGCGGUUCUAACAUCCAUCCCUCUGAGCCUGACAGACCUUCAGAACAACUUGUAUUUCAUCCUGCGUUUCAGGAAACCUCAGAACUGGCCGAGGUCACACAUUCUGUUUCAGAGCUGUCUAUUCACUUCAAACCAGAAGAACCGAGUCCAGAAGAGGAACGGAGAAAAUGGGAGGAAGGGCGUAUGGACUAUAUGGGGAAAGAUGCUUUUGAACAUAUCAAAAAAAAAUUGGAUGCAUUUUUACAUUAAGAUGGAGUACUCUGUAAUGGCCAUCAUGGUCUAUGUUUCUUCUAUAAAUACAAUCCUUUAAUACUUGGCUAUCUGCAUAGUUUAUUUGACACCAAAGUUAGAGGCAGAUAUGGGCUCUCAUAUUUUGGGGGAAUAUUAACAGAUACAGAGUCUUGUUUUUUUAACUGUUAAGUGUGCCUCAUCUUUAUUGUUAUGUGUGUCUCACCUUCAUUGCUCUCCCAUAGUGCCUUCUGAAGUAUAACCAAUGGUACCCUCUGAGUCAGAACUCUCAUACUUAUCACUCUUCCCUGCUCCUCCCCAUAAGUCUUCUGCAAAAACGGUCAUGAGUGUGAAAUGUAUUGGAAGUUGAGCUUAUUUCAAAAGUACUUAAAAGAUACUAUAAAACUAUUUAAAUAAAAACUUGCUUCUUGAAGCCAAGUUACCACUUUCAAGGGCAACCGUAGCAUAGGCUUCAAUAUGAGAAAGAAGUGGGGAGAUAAAAUCCUGGCCUCACAGGAGUAUGCAACACAACUUUUUAAUUUAAGUGUAUUUAGGAUUAGAGGAAAUUUAGUCUUUGUCUGAGAUCACUAAUGGGUGUUCUCCCUGUUUAUAGGAAGCUGCCCAGCUUCAUCACCAACAUAAUGAAGACUGGUGUAAAACUCUUAAAAUAGACAGAUAAUGUAUGUUAACUUUUUAUAUUGUUGCUGUAGGAUACUGUUGCUUUUGUAAAUAUUGUUAGCUUUACUUGCAUAUUCAGAGGAAGACAUCCUGACACUAUGGUGUAAACCUUCUGGUGCUUUAUAUCAAUUUGUUUACAGUACUUCAAACUGCAGUUGACAAAGGCAUUGUCCUUGUUUAGUGUGGUUGCCCCAUAUUGCAGGCAGUUGGAGAGCAACUGAAAACACAGUUUGCUCUUGUUUUACUAAAGAGGCCCUUUGAAGAUCUUUUAAACAAUAGCUGUGUGUGGGAACUAAUAAAUCUGUGAGUGUAGCUCCAGAAAAAUCUACUGGUGAGAUCCCAUUAUAUUAAGUAUAUUUAUGGGGGAUUUCUUUGUGAAUUUGAGUAUUUAAAUUUUACUAGUCUCAGCAAGUUUGUCUUGACGAACAAAGAAAAAGAAACACUUUGAAAGAAAGAAGCUUGACAGGCAUGCUAAUAUGGUAACAGAUUUGACAGAGUUAUUCAUAACACCCCUUAAUAUUAGAAUAAGAAUUCUGCUGAUGCAGGACUUGAAAUACAUUUCAGUCUUAAUAAGUCACAAAUGUUGGUACAGAUAUACCUAAUGAAAUAACUUGGGAAUUCUGUUUAAAAAACAGUGAUGUGACGUUAUGCAUCAGAGGUAUUGCCAUAGAUGCUAGUGGAGAAGGAGGCUAGGUAAGAGUGAAGGAACUUUUGUUUCUUUUUCCUCCAUCAAAGAAGAUGGAGGGAUGCAGGGAAUAAUUUACACAAAUUAGGAAAGGAACGAAAGAGCCAAAAGGUCCCAUAAAGGAAGAAAAACCAUGUUUGAGUAUUUUAGAAUUAAUUUCUAAUAUUCACAGUAGUGGAUUUGCUUUUACUUUUGUGGGGUAUUUCUGAUUUUGUCUAGUUCUUUUUCUCAUUAAUUCUAAGCAGUCUUAAAGUGGGAAUCUCCUCGGUGUGUCUACUGCAUUCAAGCUUUUAGUUCAAAUUAGAUUUUUAGGAUCUCUGAAGUCAAAGAGAGAAAUGUCCAGAAGAUUAUUCUUCUCAAUUUCUCCAUCGAUCAUAAAGGAACCCUCAAUAGCCUGCCUCUCCUGGGUAGGUGACCUUUGCUUGUCAACACAGGUAGGUGCAUUCUUCCUCUUGUGUGUGGCCUGGUGCAGAACUAUGUGGAGGUUACAGCAGCUACAGUGUACUCUUACUUGUCUGGUGUUUGAUCUGCUGACUAUCCCUGUUUCCUAAUGAACUUGUGCACUUCUGACAAAGUUCUCUGUUUUAUAAGCAUUAUUGCUAAUAUAAUUCAGUUUUUUGAAGACUGUAUAAAACUGUAGCCAACAAUGUUAACUCAUGCUUUGUGCAGCUGUACUUCUUACAGUAACUCCUAGAUCUUGCUGGGAACAUUAAUUAGGUUAUUGGAAAAGAAUUACUGACAUGAAAUCAGUAGCCAAAAGGUUUUAAAGUAGGCAUAUGAAUGUAGUAAAAGGAGCUGUCAUGGAAUACAUUUGAAAAUACUAAUAUGUAAAAUGGUACUGAGUAUGGAUUUUACAAUGUUUUUCAAAGUACAUUAAUGUCAUGGAAAUAAAAUGGAAAUGGAAAGGACAUAUGAAGUCAUGUGCUUAUGAGAUGAUGCAGAGUUACAGGUUGUUUAUGUUGUGCCAGGGAAUAUUAUUUGUGACUGACUGGUUACUUUAGUAUGUUUUUUAAUUGUAUUAAAUUGCUUUUGAGACAUUAGCACUACCUGCUGAGCAGAAUUAAAAGGUGUGAGUUAUUAUUUGUACAGACAUACGUAAUUAUAAGUUGUAGGACCUCUUGAUUAGUG